AUGUCUGACGAUGGUGACGACUUCAUGAUGGAUACAGCUCUCAAGGAGGACGAUCCCCAAGGCGCCUUGAAGGCAUUCCGUAGCAUUGUCGACGAGCAGGGAGAGAAGGGCGAGUGCUUACUGCAGUACGCUUCUCGAUCGCCCGAUGUCCCGUUGGACACCCUGGAGGAGUUCUACGAGGUAACCCGUGUCGCGUGCGAGGAAGCCAAAAAUGAGUGCAAGCUGAAGCUGGCCAAGCUGUGGCUGGACCGCAAGGAGUACGCUCGCUUGACACCUGUUCUCGAGGCACUCCACGCUACCUGCGAGCCGGGAAGCACGUCAGCCUCCGAAGAUCAAACCAAAGGGUCUCUUCGAACAGAGGCGUGGGACAAGGCGUCAACGGACCUCUUCGAGUCCUUCCGUCAGUACGACGAAUGCGGAUCAUCUCAGCGUAUUCAGGUCCUGAAGUACCUCGUUCUGGCCUACAUGCUUAUGGGGAGCGAGAUCAACCCCUUCGAUUCGCAGGAAACCCAGCCAAACGACCCGCAAAUCGUCGCAAUGACAUCGCUUGUCUCGGCGUACCAGGCGCGUGACGAGAAGCUAACGACAGUAAACGCCUCUACCAUCACUGCCGACCCCUUCAUUCGUUACUUCAUCGAGGAUCUGCUCCGAUCACUGCGCAAACAGUAUAUCGUGGAUAUCGUCAAGCCGUACACGCGCAUGAAGAUCGACUUCUUGGCUCAGGAGGUGGAAAACCUUGUGGUAUCUCUGAUCCUCGACGGUCGCAUCCCGGGCAAGAUCGAUCAGAUCCAAGGCAUUAUUGUGCUGAACCGAUUCCGUGCCGAGCAGAAGGACCGCUAUGUGCAGGUUUCGCAGCUGUCCAAGGAGCUGGCUACGUUGUCGAACCGCGUUGUGCGAGACAAGGUGGCGCGAGACGCACGCUCAGCUUGGAUGGGAGGACUGGAGAGCUUUGCAUAG